AUGGAGCGUACUACUCUCUUCCUCAGCUUGGCCAGCGAUCCGACCAUCGAGCGCAUUAUCACUCCUUGUUUGGCUUUAAUGACUGCCGAAUACUUUGCUUACCAGCUUGAGAAGCAUGUUAUUGUUAUUAUGACUGAUAUUUCGGCCCACUGCGAUGCUUUACAUGAAGUCUCCGCUGCCGGUGAAGAAGAGCGUGCUGGUCGGGUUGAGGGCUGUAAUGGUUCUAUUACUCAAAUUCCUAUCAUGACUAUGCCUAAAGAUGGCAUGAGCCCCCUUUUCCACGACUUUUACUUGUCUUGUUCUAUAGCUGACCACAUCCUAAAAGACAUCACUCAUCCUAUCAGCGAUCUUACUGGAUUCAUUACCGAAGGACAAAUUUUCAUUGAUCGGCAGCUAGGCAACAAGGGUGUAUACCAACCAAUCAACGUUCUAUCAUCGCCUCCUCGCCUUAUAAAAUCUGCUAUUGGCGAGGGUCGCACGCGGAAGGAUCAUUCAGACGUGUCUAGCCAGCUCUACGCCAUGAAGGCUGUCAUUGGCGAAGAAGCCCUUUCCGCCGAAAACAAGGUUUCUCUGGAGUUCCUCGAGAAGUUCGAACAGACUUUCAUCAGUCAGUCUGCCUACGAGUCUCUGGAUAUCGCCUGGAAUCUACUCCGCAUCUACCCUAGGGAGCUCCUCAACCAUAUCCCUAAGCGUAGUCUUGAUGAGCUCUACCCCUGUUCCACUCGCAAGAUUACUGAAGUCUUAUAG